UGAAGGAGUCGCUAGUCGCACCCCUGCCCAGGGCUCACAUCCAAGAUUAUCUCCGCCAGUCUUUUUGUCCCCGGGUCCUUUCACAGGCCGAGCUCACAUCCUGGCCCCGCCCCUGAACCCUGGCCCCACCCACGCCCGGAGCGCACCUCUGGCUCCGCCCCUUCCCGGUCUUGCCCUGCAGUUUCUGCUGGGCCUAAGCCUCCGGGCUCAGUUUGACCACAGUAUCUAGCUAUGGCGGCAGUGACCUGGAGUCGGGCUCGAUGCUGGUGUCCGAGGUAAGCUUGCAGCCUCGACUCUCCGGCCCAAAGUCGCCAGCGGGAAUUUUCGCCCGCCCACGGAGCCGCCCGCUUUGUCAUCUGGCCUGGCUAGCGAGACAGCAGGAUAUUACUUUGACGAUUUCCCAGCGAGAGAGCUCUAAAGAGUGACCUCGAAGGUUCUUCCUCUGCUGAGUCCCAAAGGUGUCCUGCAGGUCUUCAGAUUACAAGUGGCUAAACUGCACUUGGGCAGACCAACAAUGAGAGCCAGUCAGCAGGACUUUGAAAAUGCAUUGAACCAGGUGAAACUCUUGAAGAAGGACCCGGGAAACGAAGUGAAGCUAAGACUCUAUGCACUGUACAAGCAGGCCACAGAAGGACCCUGUAAUAUGCCUAAGCCUGGUAUGCUUGACUUUGUCAACAAAGCCAAGUGGGAUGCAUGGAAUGCCCUGGGCAGCCUACCCAAGGAAACUGCCAGGCAGAACUAUGUGGAUCUCGUAUCCAGUUUGAGUUCCUCAUCUGAAGCCCCGAGCCAGGGAAAGCGUGGAGCUGAUGAGAAAGCCCGGGAGUCCAAAGACAUCCUGGUAACUUCUGAAGAUGGUAUCACGAAGAUCACGUUCAAUCGGCCCACCAAAAAGAAUGCCAUAUCCUUCCAGGGAGUUUAUCAUGUGCUUGGAGGUGACCUGGGGUCAAGGCUGCCAUCCGCAAUGUAGGACAACAUGCUAAAUGGAAACUAAAGAAUCUUUUAAAGUUGCUCCUGUGCCUUCCAAUUGAUGCAGCAUUUAAUUCUGAGACCAUUGCGUGGUUUCCCAGAGUCACUUCUGGGUAAGGAAGGUACAGCUACAAACUGUAGCAACAAGAGUCAGCACAUCCUGAACAGAGAACCCUGAUAUUAUUAUUUAGCAAAAUAGCUCAGCAGGUUAAGAAGUAACUUGGUAAGUUCUUAGAGCUGGUAAGCAGGAGAAUCUAAAUUGAUCUGUCUCUUUUCUGGCCCAGGUUCUAGCCAGUCACCUUGGCUGCUGUGUCUCCCUUACUGUGGUUCUCAGGAAUUAUUUCCCAUCCCCUGCCUUGCAGGAAACAGUCCCAUCAUUUUACAUACUUUUACUUUUCCAGUAUCUUUAUAAAUACCCACCCUCACUAUCACUCUUUCCCACCCUGAAUUUUAUUAAUUAAAACCUAUACCAAUUUUGAAAACAUACUAAAACUAUGGCAAGACUUUCAGACAUAUUCAGAGGACAGUUCCCUUGUACCCAGCACAGUGUGUCUCUGGAAUAUUUCCUCUGGCCUCACUUGUCACUUCCCACACUGCCCAAGACACUUACCCUUUCUUGAAGCCACAGCUAAGAUGCUGUUCCAGGGACAGUUUUCUCAGUCACCUUCUCUCUCACUUGCUGCUGGAGGCAACCUCAAGAGUUCAUGCCCGGACCUUACCCACCCCUGGUGGAGCACAGUAACUGUCCAGUCACAAAGCUAAAGGACUGGGUCUUUCUCUUGUUCACUUUUGGAACAACAUGGUUAUUAAUAUAUCUACCAGAGCACCUGUGCAUCAUGUGCACCCUGGAGUUGUCAUGGGAACGGAAAUCCUCUCAGGCAGCCUCUGGUUUGGUCAUCAAAAUAGAAUCUCUGGGUCUUGAGAGAUGGGUCAGUCCUUAAGAGCACUCACUGCUCUUACACAGGACUUGGGUUUGUGUCCCAGCACCAACAGCAUGGCUUAUAGUCAUCUGUACCUUCAGUUUCAGGGAAUCUGCCACCACUUCUGAUCUCUAAAAGCACCAGGCAUAACGCAGUGCACACAAGCAAACAUGAGGCAAAUGGCCUGAUAUUCCAUUAGGUGCCAUUUACAGGGAUCCUGGACCAAUCCAGAGAGGUGGCUCGAUAAAGUAGAAAACCAGUUACUUUGUCUCUGUGUGGAGGGAAGGAUUGCAGUCUGAUGCGUGGCUCAGCACGCUGGAUAAUGGAUCUCAUUUUUAUUGUUCUUUUUCCCAUCUUGGCGUUCACAUAGAUGUAUCGGGAUAUUAUACUCGCACUUAAAAAUGCCAGCACUGAUAACACUGUCAUGGCUGUUUUCACAGGAACUGGUGACUACUACUGCAGUGGGAAUGACCUGACUAACUUCACUAGUGCCACUGGGGGGAUAGAGGAGGCAGCUAGCAACGGUGCUGUGUUACUGAGGGACUUUGUAAACAGUUUUAUAGACUUUCCCAAGCCUCUGGUUGCGGUAGUAAAUGGCCCAGCUGUGGGAAUCUCUGUCACCCUUCUGGGACUAUUUGAUGCUGUCUUUGCAUCAGACAGGGCAACGUUUCAUACUCCAUUCAGCCAACUCGGCCAGAGCCCGGAAGCAUGCUCCUCUUACACGUUUCCGAAGAUGAUGGGCUCAGCAAAGGCAGCUGAGAUGCUUCUCUUUGGGAAGAAGCUGACAGCAAGAGAGGCCUGGGCUCAAGGCCUUGUCACUGAAGUUUUCCCUGAGAGCACUUUUGAGACAGAAGUCUGGACCAGGCUGAAAACAUAUGCGAAGCUCCCGCCAAACGCCAUGAGAAUUUCCAAAGAGUUAAUCAGAAAAAAUGAGAAAGAAAAGCUCUACGCAGUCAACGCUGAAGAGUGCACUACUCUGCAAGCAAGGUGGCUGUCAGAGGAGUGCAUGAACGCAAUCAUGAGCUUCGUCUCCAGAAAACCAAAGCUGUGAAGACCACCACAGCAGCUAGACUCCUCAUAGGGAGCAUGGGCUGGGAGGUCCAGUUUCGAGGACUCAAACGACACAUGCUUCUCUGUGCCUUUUCCUUGAUUAACGUAGCAAUUAUGAUGAGAAUUCUUCACAGUACUGAUAAAUAAAACUUUUCAUAAAUCAA